AUGGUCUAUCAGUUCAGCCGGCCGUCCCAUUCAUCAUUGAGGUAUCACCUAAAGGAUGCUGAGCUGGAAGACGAGUCAAACCAUGAUACGUGGACUGAACUCAUUCGUAGCGUUCUGUGUUCUCUGUGUUCUGGUCUGAAGGAGGCGGGUGUGAGUGUUGUUUCAGCAAGCGAGCUGGAGUCGAUCGCGGAAAACCUCGACAAUGUUGAGCGCACAAAGUGUGUGGCUCUGAUCACAGAUGCUCUCAGACAGAAUAAAUGGGACCCCUUGAUCAGAUAUGCGGAUAUGAAGCUGCGACUCGCACCUCCGGAAAUCAAUUAUUAUGAUUACAAUCAGUUUGAGGUUGAAAAAAAUCUUGCUACCGCAUACCAUGGGCGUUUUAUUGGUAGUGCACCUCGCUCUUUCAUCAGGCAUCUUGACCAAAUCGACCGGGAGGAGGGCAACCUCAACAAACCACGUUAUGCUAAAUCCAUCUCCGUAGUCCAAAGCUCUGGGGCUGGGAAAUCACGUAUGCUGACGGAGGUCGGUGCACGAAUCUUUACCCUCCCUAUAUGUCUUCGUACACCGGGUAGUUCGGGUUAUCCGUUAGCGGACGAGCCCGUGUCCGAAUAUUUCAAUGAGCUCAAGACUCAGUGCGGGAACAAUGACCUGAGCAUCAGCACAGUUGCGGGUAUCGCUAGUUUCUUUGCAGCUGCACAUGAGACUAUGUUAGCCUCGCUCAAAGUCAUUCUCGGUGAGGGGAAUUGUGCAAGGAAAGACGUUCUCGGCAGUUGGCACCGCAGAAUGGAGGGAGAGGGCAGGGGGGCUUUUCGGGUGAAGUUCUUCGAAAGCGUGAUGGAACGAACGAAACAACUAAAAAAAAGUUAUGGUGUAGGAUCAGGGAAUAGUCCCAAGCUCGAUGACGGUAAUGGAUUUAAACGAAAUAAGGAGGGCAAAAAGGGUAAAAAGGGCGGCCCGAUCACGCUGGCCAGGAGCUAUUACGCGAAAGAUGCGAAGAAGGCUGUUGAAGACCUGAUGGAGUUCAUCAAGACUCUUACCAGCGGUUCUGAUCCGCUAUGCAUCACAUACUUCGAUGAAGCUCACGAGUUGGGGAUGUGCUUCUGGAUUAUGUUACUUUUAUUGCAAAAUCAAAAAGAUUCCGUGAGAAUGUGGUAUGUCUUUAUGGGGACGAAAUCAAGCAUAACGUAUUUUGCACCCCGUCCUCAAGACAUGGUUUCCGCAAGACUCAGAGAGGAACAACGACGACUAGAGCCCCCCUUUUUUGCUCUUGGUUUUGAUCAGUAUGCCAGGGAGCAGGCCAAAACUCCCACACUCGUCAAGAUGGGCCAAUUCGAAACAAUGGAGCAUAUCAGCCAAUAUGGGCGGCCUUUGUGGCGCGCAAUGCUGCCCAUGCCAGGCGACGAACUGAUCAACGUUGCAGCUUACAAGCUCACCGCUGCUGAAGUUAGAGGGUUCCAUGCCGGGAAUAAGCUCCAUGUGUUUGCCGUACUUUCACAGCGGCUCUGUCUCGAUCUUGUUCUAGCGAGUGCUGAGGCUGCCGAGUUAGCCGAUCGGAGCGUCUCCCAUCACUUGAGACUUCUCACGGGUCUCUCGGUUAAUAAUGCAAUACUUUACACCCAUUCGCCAUCGGAACCAAUUCUGGCUUUGGGUGCUGCACGAAUUUUGUAUCAUCCCGACGCGCCCAACGGGCUAUUACGUUCAGUCCUGGAGACUUUGAGCAAGGGUUUGUGUCAUGCAGGUUUGGUCGAAAAGGGACUUAUGGGUGAACUUGCCGCCCGCUUCCUUCUCCUCACCGCGCGCGACUUUGCGGCUCCAGUUGAUGGCAAACAUCGUAACUUCCUGAAACCUGUUCGCCUGCUGGAUGUUCUUCAGACUCUUUUCGGCGGCAAUGGCUGGUGUGAUCGGAGCGUCAAAACCGCUUUCUGUGAUGCAUUUGUCAAUUUCACACACUGGACCAUUACAAAAAACUUCUUACCCCAAAUGCCUUCUCGGAAAUUGCUUGCUAACCUCUGGGCUCGGGGGGCCAUUUUGCAAUGCUGCUUCAAUCAAACAUCAAUCGAUUUCCUAUGCCCGGUUUAUUUUGGCUCUGUGGAACCCGGAGCUAUUUUUGAUUGCGACCAGCUGUCGGGACUCGUUGUUCAAGUCAAGAACAAAAAGGAAGGGGAUACUGGUGCCCAAAGAAAUCUGCGACCUGCCGGGAUCAUCCGUGACUUCAAAGACCCACUUCCUUAUCUUGCCCUGCUGAUGGAGCUUGAACAUUCUCAGCCUCUCCAAUAUAAACGCUUGCAGGAAGAGUACCGGCAUGCUUUGGAUGGCCUAUCCCAGCAUAGAGAACAAAAUCCCAAGGAGAAGAAACAUUUGAAGCUGCUGGAGGCAGACGUUCAAGCCAAAGAGCUGGAAAAGGACCUAUAUAAUCAGUACCUGAUCUCUGCCCGAGGUGCGGGGUCUAAGACCUAUGGCAUACUUAAGACGGCAGGAAUCGAGGAGGAAUUUAACACCUUCCUCAGCAUUGUCAUACCUCAGGAAUCACCCUAUGAUGAUGAAAUUGCUCAAAUGUGGCCGGAUCACGUUGGGGAUGAUGGCUGGUUGGCUGAUUAUGUGAUAGACAAUGAAGGAUAA